AAGGUCGGGAAAGAAAUGAAACCGAAAACACUACAAAAAAAAACGGCACCUUCCGCAAGGCAAGAGUAACGAAAAGGAAACAAGUAGAGGAAGAGAGAAGCAAUGAAGGCAAAAGCCACGGACACAAGAACACGUGUCGUCUAGGAGAUUUUUGUUUUGGCCUCGGGAUUUCCAAGUAAGAUCCAGCUAGACUGUUGGGUCGCUGAGGAGUGAGGCGGUCUGUAAGGUAAUAUCCCCUUCGCUACUAUGAUGCUAUCCGACUUAGAAAUAAACAAACAAACAAAAAAAAAAAGCACGAAAAAGUCGGAUUUUUACACCGAGGCUUCGAAUGAGUUUGAUUAGAAUCAAUUUUGAAUGCCAAGAGAGACACGGUAGGGAAGAGAAGAAAAGGAGAAAAGGAGAAAAGGGAAGAAAGAAAAGAAGGUGAGCCGGCGCCAGGACGCACCCAGUCAUUGUCUACGGAAGUACCUUGCAACCAGAGAUGUUUCCCGUUUAGGAUAGGGGAUCGGCACGCAUUUUCUACAAGUAUUAAACGGAGAGAAAGUAGCUACACGAACAAGUCGGUUGACUCAUAAGGUAGCCAAGUAAAGGAAGGUGAAAUAAGACCCCUAAUUUCCAUCGAAAAACGGGAAAAUGGGUUUGUUUUCCAAGUCUCCCUCCAAAUCUCCCAAAGACCAGGUUAAUGAAUGGUGUAGCCGAAUUAGAAAAGAGGGAUAUGGACUUGACCGUCAGAUUCGAACAAUCCAGCGUGAGGAAGAAAAGGUGAAGCGCUCCUUAAAGGAAGCUGCAAAGAAGGGAGAUAAGGAUGUGUGCAGGAUGCUGGCCAAGGAGCUGGUGCAGUCUCGUAAGGCUGUGGCCCGUAUUUACACUACCAAGGCCCAUCUUAAUUCAGUACAGUCACAGAUGAAAACUCAGCUGGCAACUCUCCGUGUGGCUGGUUCACUCCAGCAGUCCACAGAGGUGAUGAAGACAAUGCAGCAGUUGGUGAAGCUUCCUGACAUCAGUAGAACCAUGCAGGAUAUGAGUCGGGAGAUGAUGAAGGCAGGAAUCAUUGAGGAGAUGCUGGAGGACACAAUGGAGUCCAUGGAACCCGAGGAAUUGGAGGAAGAGGCACAGGAGGAAAUUGAUAAGGUUCUGUGGGAGAUAACAGCAGGUGAACUUGGCAAGGCCCCAGCAACAGUGAGCGAUGCACUGCCAUCAGAACCCACAGGAGCCGAAGCCCUACCUCAGGACUCAGAAGAGGAGGCUGAGGAGGACAUGGAGGAGAUGAGGACCCGCCUUGAAGCUCUCCGCAGCUGAGUGUAAGGGCUGGAGGGAAACAAGUGGAACAAGUACAGAUUUUUUUUUCUUUUUCUUUUUCUUUUUCUUCUUUUUUUUCCACUACUUGUUUAUGUAUUUAUAGAUGUGUUUUGGAGUUUUUAAAAUCUACAAGGUUAACAUAUAAACUACUGAUUAAAUGUAAAUGUAGAUGGAAUUAGUGCUUCUGUUACAAAAUGAAAAACAUAUUAUACAAACUUUAAAAGUCCAAAACUUUUUAAUAACUUAUGUUAAUUUAAUAUCAUAUAUCAUUGGCAAUACACACAUAUUUAGGUAAUGACUGGAAAUGGUACUGUAAUGAUUAUGCCUUUCAUUACCAUAGAGUAUUUGAAUGAAAUGUUAGUUUUCAAAAGUGCAGAACAGAAAGAUUAGCUAACAGGGGAACAGAUCAUCAGAUUUUAAUGAGCAUGGGUUUGUCUGUGUAUGUGAAUUUGUGUGUGGGGAAAAAGUUGUCUUUAACUUUUAAUUAAUCAGUGAAUAUAUAUUAUAGCUAUAUUAUUUUAUGCAUUUAUUUUUUCCCUGCCCUCUUCCAUUGUACUUAUCAUCACCCUCAUGAUCAUAAUCAGCAUUUUAGCAAAUAUCAUUAACUGGGCUAAGUAACUUUUGUUCUUGUAUUUUUUUUUUUUUUUUUUCAUAAUUAUCAUUAUUAUUUUUUAUUUAAAAUGUUGCCUUUUUAAUAAAUCUCAGAUGAACUAAGAGUCAAGUAAUAAUGGACAAAGUACCAAGAUAAGAGCCAGUGCAAGAUGUUAGUUAGGUGGUGUCUUUACUGUUCAUUGGUGCUUAAUAGCAAGGCCCAUGAUUAUAUGAUCGUUGUAUUAUCAUUCAUAUUAUUGUUUGUUAUUAUGAUUUUUAUUUAUUUAUUAUCAUUGUCACUGUUAAUGGUCAUAAUAAAAAAUGUUGUCAUUAUUAAUAAUGAUAAUAAUUAUAAUUAGGAUAUUAAUCUAGUAAUAUGAUAAUUGUUACUUUUGCUUACUAUUACUAACAUGAUAAAAAUCAGACAGUUGUAUAAUGGCAAGAACAAAUGGAAUGAUAUUAGAGAAUGCAGUUAUGUUUUUUUCUUUACUUUUCUUUCAUAUGCUUUAAAUAAAAGGCAACAUGAUCUGUAUUUAGUUCUUUGGGAGAGUUUGAAUAAAUGCUAAGAGAAAUUAUGGCAGAGUGAGUCUAAUCACUUUCUUCCUUUUUUUUUUUCCUUCCUAAUUUUAAUUAGAGUUCAUUUUCAUAUUCAUGGUUGGUGUUAUUAUCAUCAUUGUAAUUAUCAUCAUUAUGUGCAGUACUGUUAUAUACUGCUAUUAUUUCCUAUUAUCAUUACUUUUGUUAGUUAUUUUCUUUUAAUUGCCUUUCCUGUUAUUGUUGGUACUCCAUCUCAAAAUUCUUGUUUUUCAUUGAUUACAGAUUGUAGUAGUAAGUCUUUUUAAUGGCCAAAACUAGUCUUUAAUGAUUUCUUCAAAAUUAAACCUUGUUAUAUAUGGAAGAGUCUAUACCGUUGUUGUGAGUGGUUAUUUGGUUUACAGGAUGUGUUCUAGUAAGUUAUAGGACAUUUUUGUUUGCUUUUCAUUGGUUCUGAAUAACUCUUGCUUUUCUUUUCUUCUGUCAGCAUUCAUGGUAAAAUUUUCUAUAAAAAUCAUAACAGAAUAGUGGUAUCUAAACUGGUGAUACCAUUUUUUGUACCAUAGACCAUUUUGAAAAAAUAUAUGAAGCUUUCUAGAGAGGCUGUGUGGUGCAUCGGUAGCAAUAUCGUCUAGCAAUCUUGCUGACCUGCGUUCAAAUCCCUCGACGCCAGUGGAUGGUAACCCCGGCCAUUCCUUGCACACAGGGGAUAACUUAGAAGCAAAAUAAAAGAUACUAUGUCACACCAAGAAUAUCCAUUGUAUGAAAUGGAAUCAAAUUAGAUUUAAUUUAAAAAAAAAAACAUAUUGCGGCGUACAUUGCUAUCCAGGAUUCUUUACUUCUGCCUCUAUAUAACACCACAGUUCUUCUAAUAAUAAAAUCUUAACUAUCAUGAAUUAAAGCACCUCUCAUACAUAUUUCUAUUUUUUUCUUAUUUUAAUUUUGAAAAUCAGAGUUUUCAGGGUAGAUGUAAGGCUUGUGAGAGGUUUAGAAGUUGUAAGUAUGCUCGGAAUGUUUGUUCUAUGAUAUCCAAUGCUUUGCUUUGGUUGAUUGAUACAAAGAUUUAGCUGCUUAAUGUAAUAUUGAGAUCAUGCAUAUGAUAAAAGCAGUGAUAGACUUUAUAGAAAAUCUUGUGUUUGGUAAAUGUACCAUUUCCCUGUUCUUGUAAAUAGCAUAAAAUGCAUAUUCAUCUAUAAUUACAAUAGAAAUGUUUAUAAAAUGUAAUAUUCUUACACCAUUAUGCUACCAUGAAUAAUUAAAAGUAUUCUAAGGAGUUUGCAUUAGAUAUUUUGCCUUAACCAUUCUAAAUAGUUGUUUUGUUGUGUAGAAUACUUAAAUAAUGUUGUAUGUUAGCUCAUUUGUCAGCAUUGUAACUUUGUAUAAUGUAUCUGAAUAUAUUCCCAGGAUUUUUCUUUCCAUUUAUACUUGCUUGUACAAGAAGUAGAAUUUUGCUGUAUGAAUGAAAUUAUGGUCAGAGCUAUUCAUGUAUACUUUUUUUAUGGUAUGAAGUUCAACAACUCAGUGAAUUACAUUGUCUAUAAUGAGGAACCAGAUAUUAAUUGAUAUACAUCGUAAUGGUUAGAAAAAAAAAACAUGAGUAAUUAUAGAAUCAUGUUUUAUUGUAUGUUCAGUUUCUAAUAAGAGUUUAACAUAAAGCUAACUUUUUGAAAACUGUGUAACCGAUUCUGAAUUACCUUGUAAAGUACCUGAUGUUUUGAUUAAUAAACUGCCACAAGUGCUUCAUUAAAUUGAUUCAUUUAUAUAGCAUUGGAUGGUAGUUUGCAUCCUGUGUUCAUAGGACAAACACCUGAAAAAAAAAAGUCUUGCCAAAGUGUAACUAGUAAUGAAGGUUUUCCAUUUUUGUGAAUGUAUGCUUUGGCACAGUGUAGUUAGAAUAGACAUGUUAAAAUUGGUUAAAUGAAGAAAGAUAUUGUCAUUGUAAGUAAACCUGUAUCUACACAUUUUAAAAUUAAACAUGGGAUGAAAAAAGUAUUUGCUAUUUAAUUUUGUGGAAAUACUUUAAUAGGUAAGAACUUUUGCAUAGUUAACCACCAAUCUUUUUUAACUCUUUUUCUUUACAGCAGUAAUAUCUCAAGUAUAUUUUUUGUUCCAUAAUUAUCUGAUACCAGAACUAAUUGGUUUUAUCUAAGCUUUUAGUUCUGGUUUCUUCUUUUUCAAUACUACACAUUAUAAAAAGUUUAUUUUUGUUGCGAUAUGUUUUGGUGGUGUAUGAUAGAUUUACAGUACUUAAUAAAUAUCCCAAACCUGUGAAAUAUGAAACAUAGUCUACAGUAGGUGUAUACAGAAAUUAAUAGUAUAAUAGAACAGAGGCUACUUAAUUGAAAGCAAGAGAAAUACUGUGGGCCCUUAAUAUUCAAAACCUUUAUUUUCAUCAAGCGAAACCUCCACAGAAGUUUAAAAUACAGAUGUGUUGCAGAUGUAGAUAUUGUAGUCACUUGUGUAUGGAUAAACUAUGGUUGAAAAUUUAUUACUCAUGGGCAAGGGAAGUUAGAUAUUCCUAGAUACCCUCAUGAGUGAACAAACACAGGCUGAUACAAGAGUGGCAGGCUUUAAAAAAUAGUCUUUCUGAAGCAAUGUUUUCUUAAGGUAUUUUCAUUCCUUAUUUAUUAUUACUAUAGAUUUUAUCUUUCUUAUUAUUCAUAUAGACUGAAAAAAUUAUUAAUUCUAAACUUACAAAUAAUGAUACAUAUAAAUGCAAAAGCAGCAUACAUUAUGGGCCUAAAGUACAUAGAAAUGAAUUUUAAAAAAUGUAGAUUUAGAAAGUGGUAUCACACCUAAGAUACAUUAUAGUGUAGGUUUACUUGUUAUUUUUAAUUUUUCUACCUCUCUUUGUUCUAUUAACAUAGAUUUUUUUUACCUUUAAUAUAGGUUGUCAACAGUAUAAUAAUUUUGGCAUCAAGAUAUAGUAAAUACAGAAAUAACUUUCUUUUUGUUUGUUCUUUUUUUUUCUUUCUUUCUUUCUUUCUUUCUUUCUCCACCUCAUUUAUGUCUUAGGAUGUUAUAUGCAUAUUAAAUAAUCACCUUGAACAUAAAUAAUCAGGGUUAUACCUAUUGGAACCAUCCCAGGUAACACUACACUUGCUAGGAUUGAUUAUGAUGUUGGUGUAAGUUGCGAGAUUACCCUUAUAAUAUCUAUACAACCCCUCUAGAAUGUAAUAUGGUACCUUACAGUGCUAAGCCUUAUUUUAGGAUUUAAAAGCUAAUUGAAUUUAAUUUUUUAAAGGUCAUUAGAAGGUCAUAAAGUUUACAAUUUUAAUAGCAUUAUAACCCUGGAAAUAAAAUAUAUUAAAAUUG